AUGGAGAAGAACAAACCACGCAAAAAUGUUGCUGUAAUUGGCACAGGGAUGGCAGGGCUUGUGACCGCCUACAUACUCAGGAACGAUGCUCGGGGAAGAUAUGACGUUGAAGUAUUCGAAAAGCAAGACAGACUUUCUCUUGAUUCCGCGUCGUACACCCUCUCAGACCAAAAUGACGGUGGCAAAAGGCCACAGCGCCUCGAUCUACCCAUGCGCACGUUCGCGGCCGGAUAUUAUGAAAGUCUCCAGCGGAUGUAUGAUUAUUUCGGCAUCUCAUAUGGCUCGCUGCGAUUUAUCUAUUCUUUGUCGAAUUUACCGGAUACCCCCACCAAACAAGUCUCUCCGUACUACAUGCAUCCCUCGAAUAAUCAUCAAAUACCGCCGUUCCGCCCGGAGGGCUUAUCAUGGACCGGGUGGCUGGUUGAGGUGUGCUACCUGGCAAUAUGGUAUUAUUGGUUCAAAGCUUGCUGCUUUUUUGUUGCGCCCAAGACAGUGGAGUCCUCUGGCGCCGAAGAAUCUCUUCGUCAAUACGUGGAGAGGAUUAUGUUGCCCAGUUAUUACGUGAAGCACUACUUCUUGCCGGUCUUCGCAAGUGUAGCGACUUGCUCACAUGACGAGCUGAUGGAUUUCCCAGCUCUUGAUUUGGUUGGGUAUGGAAGACGUACUUUCCGUAAACAUCACUACACCGUUCUUGGAGGAGUACAGCAUGUGGAAAAUAAGCUGUCUGAAAAUUUGAACUACAAACUUGGCACGAAGGUUACGACGGUAGAGAACAUCGGCACCAAAGUCCAAGUGACCUGGACGAAUACCCGUGACGGCCAAAGCAGCUCACGACUAUUUGACCACGUUGUUUUGGCCGUGACGCCUGAUGUGAUCGGUUCAAUCUUCCAGCCUCUCCGAAGCGCAAUGGCAGCUGUUCCUACCACAACUGUUCAAUCCAUUGUGCACCGCGACUUCUCCAAGAUUCAUGAUUCCAGCAAAUCUCUCUGGAACCAAGUGUCCAUGAACCCCGGUGACUCGGCGCCACACCCACUACACAUGUGCUCGAAUGCUACGGCAACGGAAACGAUUCAUGAACACCCUUCAUCGGCUCUAAUUACGACUUACCCCAUCACCCCCAUUGAUCCAGAAAAGGUGCUGCAUACCGCCACAUUCACUCGUGUCUUGCGAUCAUCCACCAGCAGACAGAUUGUCAAUCAAAUAUUCAGCCGGAAUCGGUCUGGAGAUGAGAAGAGCCAGCUCUGGCGAAACGGCGAUGGCAAUAUCUGGUUGGUGGGUGGAUGGUGCUGGGACGGAAUGGUCCUGCUCGAAGGAUGUCUUGCAUCCGCAACAAGGGUAGCAAAUGCACUUGAUGUCGAGGUACCCUGGAUGAAAGAGUCCUCUCUAUAA